AUGGGGACCCUCUCCCCUCUCUCCCCGUGGCUGUCAUGGAGGGGAGAAGAGGGGGGUUGUUGUGUGUGGAAGAGGGAAGCUGUCAUAUCCUUUCCCAUUGUGGAUAGGCCAGCCAGGGGUCCCCCUCGGGGUCUAUUCUCCCUUUCGCUUUUCUGUCUCCAACCUCCGGUAUCCGUCAACCGGCACGAUCGGGGAAGUCAGGAGUGGGCGAAGAUGAUUCAUCUGAGGAUGUUGGUUCCAGAUGAAGAAGGGUGUGGGAAUCUUAUCCAGAAAUUCCAACCAUCGGGUCCCAUCCGUCGAUUAGUUCGACUAGUUGAUCUAAACGAGGAAGGAAUGCGUAAUCCUAACCAUGGAACGAACGUCCAGUUCCGAGCCAUUCACCCAAGGGAGAGAGCGGCUGUGAUGGGGAACUUUGAACAUUCCAGAACAUGGGCUUUAGCUGGAGAAUACUCAGUAGAGUUAUUGCUUAGGGACCCUCCUUCCCUAUCUAACCAGCUAAGUAACUGGGUCACAAGAAUAGAUUUUCUACGCGGACGACCAGAGAGGAACAGAGAAGGGUUGGAAGGAAAAAGGGAAUUGACGGGGGAGGAUGGAGGGGGGAGGGAAACCAAUCUAACACGGUUGCUUUGA